CAGACGUGCGCUCCACCGCCGCUAUGGUCGCUGCUCCCACUGCCUGGUGCUCCAUCGCUCUCGCCCUGCUCCUGGCCCUGCACGAAGGCAAAGGCCAGGCCGCUGCCACCCCGGAGCAGCCCGUGCCCUCACCCAGUGCCCAAGGCUCCCACCUUCGGCCUCGGCGUUGUUCCUGCAGCUCCUGGCUCGACAAGGAGUGCGUCUACUUCUGCCACCUGGAUAUCAUCUGGGUGAAUACCCCUGGACAGACAGCUCCCUAUGGCCUGGGAAACCCGCCAAAACGUCAGCGCCGCUCUCUGCCAGGGCGCUGUGGGUGCUCCAGCACCAGAGACCAUGCCUGUACCACCUUCUGCAGUCGAAGACCCUGGGCUGAAGCCAUGGCAAUCCCAGGCGUUGGGUCCCCUGCAGACGUGUUCCAGGCUGGGAAGACAUGGACCACUGCAGGAGAGCUCCUCCAGCAUCUGAGGGACAUUUCUGCCUCCAAGAUCUACUUUGUUAGGCGACAGCAAAAGACAACAAGGAAGACCAGGCCUACACACUUCAGGCGGAAAAAGAGAUAGUGUUGAGAACUGAAGGAAUGUUGGGAAGAAAGCCUAUGUGGAGAUGGGAGGAGAGGGGCCGCCCAGGGCACGGAGACCCUCCACCUGUUUCCUGGGCCCGGAAACCCGCCUGCUGGGAUCCGCACGAGCUCUGGCCUCCUCGCCCUGGUGAGGGAGCCUCCCUCCAGGCAGCUCCAAUGCCUCACACUGCCCAGGAAACCUUCAGCUCCCAGGCUACAGAGCAGCUUCCCAUCGGGGCUCCAGCCCCACCUCUCUGCUGAACCGUACUGUGUGGGGACCGCACUAAUAGGGAAGCUACAUCCCGAGAGGUGUCCUCUCUGUUGGCUACAAACCAGGAGUAACAUGCAGUGAUGGACCUCACA